AUGUCCUCCCAUCUCAUCGAGCUCAACAGCGGCGAGUCCAUCCCCGCCAUCGGCCUCGGAACAUGGCAAUCCAAACCCCACGAAGUCGCACGUGCUGUGGCAAUAGCGCUUGGGAAAGGAUACAGGCACAUCGAUUGUGCUUGGGCGUACGGAAAUGAGAAGGAAGUUGGUGAAGGUCUCCGCGCCUCUGGGGUCUCCAGAUCUGAGGUUUUCAUUACGAGCAAAUUGUGGGGAACAUACCAUCGUCGAGUCGAAGAAUGUCUCAACGAGACGCUUGCUAACCUCGGAACCGACUAUCUAGAUCUAUACCUGAUUCAUUGGCCCGUCCCUAUGAAUCCAAAUGGGAAUGACCCCAUGAUCCCAAAGCGGCCCGACGGGAGCCGUGACCUUGACGAGUCAUGGGACAUUCGAGACACCUGGAAAGGCAUGGAAGAGGUGCUGAAGAAAGGCAAAGUUAAAUCCAUCGGGCUAUCCAACUGUUCAGAGAUGAUGGUGGAAAAGAUCCUGGCCACCGCAAACGUUAUACCCGCGGCUAACCAGUUGGAGCUGCACCUGUACAACCCACAGCACAGGCUCGUAGCCUACCUUAAGUCCAAGGGAAUCGUACCACAAGCAUACUCUCCACUUGGCUCCACGAACUCUCCACUCCUCCAGGAUGAAGUGGCUACGGAGAUCGCGAAAAGGCAUGAACUAAAGACUUCCGAUGUACUUUUGGGAUACCUCCUCAGGAAAGACAUUGUCAUCUUGCCAAAGUCAACCAACCCCGCGCGGAUCGAAGCGAAUUUGAUAGGAGCGCUAGAGGCCUAUAAGAGGCUUACUGCGGAGGAUAUGGCCGUACUUGACAAUGUUGCAGCAAAUGGAAAGCAGAAACGGUUCAUCAUGCCUCCUUGGGGCAUCGACCUCGGCUUCGAGAAUUGGGGGUGAGGGGCCGGGCAGGGAUCCCCAUGAUAUCAUGUAUGACACUUGGCGUUUUUU